AUGUCUGAACCAGUUCAAAAGAGACCUAGAUUAGAUGAAAAUUCAAAAUCUGUUCCUUUCCUAAGUGAUCCAAAUGAACCUUUAAAACAAAGGGAUGUCAUCUAUUUCCAAAAGGAAGCGUUAUUCAGAUGCCUUAACGAAAGAAGAAGUCAGGUUAAUGUUAUUCAAAAUAAGUUUGAUUCUUUAAAGGCAGAUUACUCUGAAGUCACUAAAACUUUAUCUAAUAUUAUUGCCGUGAUUGUCACAUUAGCUAAGUUUUUAGAAUCUAGUAUUGUCAGUAAUGACGAGGGCGCUGCUAAUCCUGAUGAUUUUUCGAUUUUAAAGAAAAUUUCAAGUGGUGAUGAAGAUACUAUUAUAGAAUUAAAUGAUUCUUUUAUGAAAAUUUUAAUGAAAUAUUUAGAUCAAGAUAAGAAGGAUUCAAUUGAUUUGCAGAAACUAUCUAAUGAUAUUAAAGUUUUACAAAGUGAUAAGAAAUCAUUGAUUAUUCAAAAUAAUACACUUGUAAAACAGCUGGAUCAGUUGAAUUCAUAUUAUGAAAGUUUAUUUAGAAAAUACGAUAGAAGUGAUUCUUUGAGUUUGAAACGUGUAUUUGAUAAAGAAGGUGAGGUUAGAAUUGAAGAAAAUAGUGGUAAUCCUAACCUAAAAAAUAAUAGUAGCAGUAGUAAUAGUAGUAGUGUUAACAGCAGUGCUGAUAUGUCUAUUAAUUCAGAAGUGAAUGUUGAUUCUAAUGUUAAGAAUGUGUUGAUUAAAACUGAAUCUACUUCUAAUACAAAUCCAUAUAAUAAAAAAGAUAUUAUUAGUGCUAUCACUGAUGGUAAUUCAAAUCAGAAAUUUCAAGAGUAUGAAGAUAAAAUAAUAGAUUUAAAGAAUAGGAUUGACUCUUUGCAAAUCAUAGUGAAGAAUUUAGAAUCUUCCAAUAAAAGUAAUUUUGAGAAAAUUUUUAAAUUAGAGAAUGAAUUAUUGGCUACUAAUGAUCGUAAUAAAGAACUUAUUACUACACAGGAUACAUAUUUGAAUAAAAUUGAAAGCUUGACUAAAGAAAAUAAUGAAUUAAAUAAAAUUAAUGAUUCAUAUUUAAAGAAAUAUCAAACGUUAGUUAAAGAAAGAGAAGUCUUUUCACAGAAGGUAGCCGAAUCUCUUCAAAACAAAUUGGACAAUUUAUUAAAAGUGAAUAAUAGUUUAGAAAAGGAUUUGGUAAGAAUUAGAACUACUAGAGAUGAUUUAUUAAGUAAAAUUGCCAUUCUGGAGUCACAAACUAAAAAGAGUGAACUUAUUGAAGAUAUUACUAAGGCCUUAAAAUUAUCGAAUGAGCAAUGGUCCAAAUUCACUAAUGAGAGUAAUAACAAUAAUAGAAGUAGUAUAAACAGUGGCGAUAGCGAUAACAAUACUAGUAAUUCAAGUGAACAACUUUUAAUUAAAGAAAUUAAAGAUAUGGAAAUAGCAUUCAAGAAAUUAACAGCAUUAAAUAAUAAAAAAUAUAUGACACUAUUAAAUCAUGAAUCAAUAAUAUCCAAAUUGACAAUUGAGAAGAGUAAAGCAGAUCAAAAAUAUUUUGCCUCAAUGAGAUCUAAAGAUUCGAUCUUAAUUGAAAACAAAAAUCUAUUAAAAACUGUAAAUAAAUCCAAUGAAUUUAUUGUUCAAUUGAAAGAUAAUGAGAAAAUACUACAGGAUAAGAUUAAAUCUUUGCAGGAGCAGAUAACAUUAUUGGAGAAUAAUGGGAAAUUUUUAAUGAACACAAAUAAAUUAGAAUCAAGGAAAUUUAACGAUUUAAACAAUGAUAUGACAAAAUUAAAGAAGAUAAAUGAAUAUUAUAAAGGUGAGAACUCCAAGUGUGUAAUUAAGUUAAAUGAGACAGUGAAGGAAAGAGAUCUUGCCAUAAAGGAUAAAGAAAUACUAGAAAUGCAGAAUAAGCAAAGCCAAGAGGUUAUUUCUAAAUUACAAGAAAGAUUGAAAUCAAAAGGUUUAAAUGUCUCAAAAAAUAUGAAUGAGGAUAAUGAUUCACUGACUGAAGAAUUAGAAAAUUUCAGGACUUUGGUAUAUUGUUCGUUAUGUUCUAAAAAUUGGAAAAGUAGUGCCAUCAGGACCUGUGGGCAUACUUUCUGUGAAGAUUGUGUUAAGGAAAGAUUGGCAGCCAGAAUGAGAAAGUGCCCCACAUGUAACCAUCCAUUUGCAGCUACUGAUCUGGUCACAAUUCAUUUAUGA